CCAACCGGAAAUAAAUGUCUCGAGGUAAACAAGAAAAGCUAUCCUAGCUCGCUGCUGAGCAAAAUCACAAGAAUGAACAACAUUACAAAUGAAGAAGAAGUCAUCAAAACAUUUGAAGACCUCCUUGUAGACAAAGAACUUCUAACAAGUAACUUUUUCAUUGUCCCAGAAGAGAAAAUUUUCAUGAAAGAGGAAGAACGAGAAAUCAAAGAGGACACCAAUGAACAGAAAGGUGAAGACGCUGAAGAUGUAAAACAUGUGAAGGAAGAACUGUCAGAACAAAUCACAGACAAAGAGAAUGAAACAAAAGACACAGAUGGUGAAAGUAAUACAACUGUAAACAAUGGCCGGGUGGAGGCUUUGAAGGCCAUAGAAAAGAAACUAGUUGGACUGUAUUUUUCAGCAGGCUGGUGUCCCCCUUGUAGACAGUUUACACCCUUACUGAAGGACUUCUACGAGGAAACUCAACGACGCAGUGCUCCAUUUGAAGUGGUGUUUGUCAGCUGCGACAAAAAGGAGGAGGACAUGGCAUCAUACUACAGAGAAAGUCACGGCGACUGGCUGGUUGUUCCAUUUGGAGACCAACUCCAGGAUGAUCUGAAGACAAGAUUCAACAUCACAGCUGUGCCAAAGUUAAUCAUUGUAAACAAUGCUGGUGAUGUCAUAACCUUGAAAGGCCGCAAGGAAAUCCAGGACAAGGGUAUCGUCUGCUUUAGGACCUGGCAGGAAAUCGCCACAUUCAGAGAGAACAGGUCAAAAAGUCAAGCAUCAGCUGCAGGCCUUACAGACUCGAAGGAGGAAGAGGGAGAUAAAUCGACGCAAGCUUGAAUUUAUUUUCAACACACAACAUAUUAUUAUGUUUAUGUAGCUAUUCAUCACAAUGGAUAAAGAUUUGUAACAUACUCUCAACACAUUUGUCACCAUGGCCAUGAACACAGACAUCAAACGACAACAACAGGAAGGGUACCAGCCAUGCUACAACAUAUUUGAUAUCGCGGUACCACACAUGCCAUAUCUAACGACAACAGCAGGAAGGGUACCAGCCAUGCUACAACAUAUUUGAUAUCAUGGUACCAUUCAUGCCAUAUCUAACAACAACAACAGGAAGGGUACCAGCCAUGCUACAAUAUAUUUGAUAUCGUGGUACCAUACAUGCCAUAUCUAACAACAACAACAGGAAGGGUAUCAGACAUGCUACAACAUAUUUGAUAUCGCGGUACCACACAUGCCAUAUCUAACGACAACAGCAGGAAGGGUACCAGCCAUGCUACAACAUAUUUGAUAUCGUGGUACCACACAUGCCAUAUCUAACGACAACAACAGGAAGGGUACCAGCCAUGCUACAACAUAUUUGAUAUCGUGUUACCAUACAUGCCAUAUCUAACAACAACAACAGGAAGGGUAUCAGACAUGCUACAACAUAUUUGAUAUCGUGGUACCAUACAUGCCAUAUCUAACAACAACAGCAGGAAGGGUAUCAGACAUGCUACAACAUAUUUGAUAUCGUGGUACCAUACAUGCCAUAUCUAACGACAAAUGGCUCACCAACAAGUUGAACUUAAUGUAGACAAUGCACUUGUAGGGUUGAAAAAGAUGUUCUUUGAACUACGACUUCGAACCGAUUACUUUCAUACCUUGUAACCCUAUAUGGCAAAAUUAAGAUCAUUUUAAAAGAAGAUUGUCAAUAUUUUUAUCAAGAGUUGAACAAUAAUUUUACACCAUCAGUAGUUCAAGUAUUAGGAGGAUCCAUGUUAUAAAGUUAACUGUCCAUUUUAUCAUGUUUGAUGCAUCCUCGAUUUCCAGGGGUUACGUUUCCUGUAGAGAGCGUAGGAGAUCGUAACCUCUGGAAAUCUAGGAUGUGUUUGAUGAUGCCACUGGCAUAAUGAUUAUCUUUUUCUGAAAAGGAAAGUCACUUGCCCAACUGUAUAUUUGAUAAAUUCAGUCAGGUACUUCCUUUUGCUCCUUUGCUGGGAAGGGAGAAAAAAAUGUUAAGAAUAAAUAGGCUAUAGUUUAAGAAUAUAUGGAAUGUUGAUCUGAAAAUUGAAUGGAUGAAAUACUUGAUGGGAAAAAUAACAAAAGGCCCAGAGAAACUGUAAUUCUCACCUGGAUAUUUAAGUAAGCAUGGCAAAAUAUUAUCAUUCAAAUACAGCAAUUGCUUUUCAAUUGACUUUCAGCAUCCAGGGGGCUAACACCCUUCUUUAUACAUCAUUUGAUUUCCUGAUUCCAGGGAGGCCCCUUAAGUAAAUUUGGUUGAAAUGUGACAAACUAUUAACGGAGGAGGAGUUGGCUUGCAACUACUUAAAUUCUCAGAUUACACUGUUUUGUUCACAGUCCCUAGGGGAGCUAGUAUUCCUUAACCCUUUCACCACUGUAGACCAAAAUGGACUUUUCCAGAUCAAUGUAUGGUAGAGUUUAUAAAAAGUUACAUAGGGGUGAAAAGGUUAACACAAGAAUUGAUUCUCUUGUCAAAGGAAUCAAGAAUGCUUCAUACACCAUAUGAAUUAGAUACGGAGGGGAUUCCAAAUGUUUUCAUCUAUUUGUUUUGUCUGUUUUCCAAUCCUAUUCUUUUAAAGGAUGUACCUUCUUGGAAACACAGGUUUUUACUUUACCUUAAGUCAUGUUAAGGGGAUACGCUACCAAACAUGCUAUUCCUGUAAUUUGUGAGAGAGUUUCCUCCCUUAAAACUCCCAUUUAAUUAGCAUUUUGUUUCUAAAUGUGUCAUCAAUAAAUUACUGUACACUGGGAAACAUUUGCCAAGUCAAAGUCAAAUAUUCACCCUUGACAGUUGAAAUCUAUGUUCACCCAGUGUUAAUUUCGACCUUCACAUGUGAUUAUACUAUACAUGGUAUUCUGUGUACUACUUUUUUGCUAUUCACCCUCAUCGCUGAGGGCAAAAACAGACAAAAGUGGAACUGCAGCAAAUAUUCCUGGUAAAUUGUAACUAUGUCUUAAUACCUUAUAAAAGCAAUUUCCAUAUUUUUUUUUAGUGUAGAAUUCUUUUGUAAAUUAGAUGCUGACUAGCAUAAGGUAGUAUAUAUCUUUAAGUACCUGUCUUAUAUGUAUGAGUGAUAUUCUAUACAUUACAUAAUGAUAUAAGUUACACAUAAAUUCACGUUUGUGUGGGAAUCUGAAAUGACUUAGUGUAAUGUUAAUUAAAAAUAUCUCACAUAUUGUCUGUAAGUUAGCUAUAAAAUAGCAUCAGUCAAAUGAGUCAUGGCUUUUUUUUAUAUUUCUAAAGACACCCAGUACUUCAAUUUAAAUUAAGUUUAAUCAGAUCUUGUUUUUAAGUUUUCAUUUGAUACUUUGUAGAAGCACAGUGCAUGUAGUGAAUGAAAGAUAUAAAAGGCAAGAUGUUUUAACUUAGAAAGUUUAGAAACCCUACUUUUAACGAGAUAUAUUUGAACAUACUUACCAUUAUAUUUUGGAAUAUUUUUGUACCGAUUUGUAAAAAUAAAAUAUUUAAGGUAAUAUGCAUUUUGUGUAUCAGCAAUACAGGAGACAGUGUGUAGCAGUUGGCAGAGUAAAAUAUACAAUUUCCAAUCAAAAUUCCAUUUAUGCUAUGUCUGGUAGCUGAAUUGAUUUGUUCUUGUUAUUCACAGCAGAUAUUCCAAUAAGACUGAAAUCUGGACAUAUUUGAGACAUUUUACAAUCUGGACAUAUUUGAGACAUUUUACUUAGAUUUCUAUUGUAUCCCAAAACAAAAGGCCCAUGGAUCUGUAUCACUCUGCUGUUAUCAAUGCUAUUGGCAAACACAUCUCACAUCUUUGACCUUCAAAGUUGGUCAAAUUUCUUUAAACAAAUAUGACAGCAAGCAAACUUAAGGCUUAAUAUCAUAACUUUUCAUUUGAUGAACAAUUCCGACAGCCCCUCACUCCAGCAUGCUAUAUGUCAAGUAUAAUCAUGAUACUAGGCAUGCAAGUUAUUCUGAAGUUGUUUUAUAGGUUUUAACACCUUUAAUUUGACCACGGUUGCCUUGAAAGUGGGUCAAUGUCAUUCAUUUGAACAAAAGUUAAAGCCAGCAUGCUACAGUCCAAUAAGUAUGACCAUAGGUUUAUUGGUUAUUCGAAAGAAGUUGUUUUAACACAUCUGAACGAUGCAAAUUUAAAAGAGAAUCUUUGAAGGUCACAUAUGUGAAAUGAAUAACAGGUAAGUAAUACAAGCCCAUUGGGCCUCUUGGCUGGCCUUUGUGUUAAAAAAAAACCAUGUUUUUAACCCAACUGCUGUCAUCAACUAAAUCUAUGCAUAGGUCAGUGUUUCUAAGUAUCCAGCAUACUCGCAACAAAAAUAACAAAACUAUUGAAUUAUUUUAGUUAUUUAUUUGACAUCAGUUCUAUUCCUAAACCUAGUAACAAGUGAAACGAUAUAGCAUGACUAACACCACUCUCACUCCAGCCACUCCGCGACUAGGUCAAAGGUCAACACCCUGAAGGUAAGAGGGACGGACAUGUAAGACUUUACUAAUCUGUUCAUCAACCAUCUAGUGCUACAUCUAGUGGCAAGUUUCUACAAUAUAUACCAUCAUUAUAACAACAUUCAGCUACUGUUUCAAGUUCUCAAGGUCACUGUACAUGCUUUGGUAUAAACUGAAAUACGUGAUACAAUCAUCUCCUCUUUGAUUUUCCAAAAUAAUUCUUGAAAUGACUUGAUAUUAAGGUGUUUUUAUAAAUCUUGUCUGAAAAUGAAAGUGGCUGUUUUUAAUCAGUAAACAUGACAAAUUAAUUAAAAAUUAACAACUGAAGACUAAUACUGGCAUUAAACCUUUUGGUUGAGAACUUGUGUUGUUAAACAGCUUGAAGUUAUAUUGUACCGUCAUAAUGCUAAUACUUACAGUGUAGUUCAAAUAGCUGGUUCACUACUCAAAUUACUUAUUGGUAACUUAUAUAUAGGUACAUGAUGUACAAUGUAAUUACCAAACUUGUUAAAGUCAAAUUGAUUACUGGUUAACUAGGCAAAAUUCACUUCUUGAUACUAGUCAAACCGGCUUACUGUACAAGUUGGAUAUGAUUACAUCAUAUUACAUUUAAAUCUUAUUAUUAUUUUCUUUCUUUUGGUAAAAGCCAUUUACAUAUACUGUAGGUCUACAUAGAAUAAGUAUUUGUCAACCUUUUACCACAGGGGUUUGUUAGGCAAGAAAACUUUCGACAUAAUAUACAUAUGGUUUAUAAUCGUUGUCUUAUAGAUUAUUUCUUACCCUGCAAAGCCUAGGUCUGUGUACUGUUCAAAUGUUGAUGUGCAUCUCAGAACUAUUAUGGUGUACAAAUAGUUUUUAUCUCAGAACUAUUAUGGUGUACAAAUAGUUUUUAUCUCAGAACUA